CUCCGUUUUCUGGAUGUGAAGCAGCAUGCGGCCCGGUGAGAGCUUAGAGGGCUCGCGCUCGGCUCGCGGAAGAUGUAUUGAUGCCAAUAAUAUUACUAAUAGCGGCACGGAACGCUGUCUCGCGCACCCCUCGUCGGCAAAGAGGAGGAUGAAGAGGGGGACGACGAAGAGGAGGAUGAGAGGGAUGAACGAGAGGAUGACGGACGGAGGAAUGACGGUGAUGCGCUGUUUUCUGUGGAGUCUCGUUCUCUGCUCGCUCUCCUCGCGCGCGCAAGGUUUCAUCUACACAUGUGGCGGUACACUGAAAGGCCGAAAUGGCAGUAUAGAAUCACCAGGCUUUCCCUAUGGCUACCCUAAUGGGGCAAACUGCACCUGGGUCAUCAUUGGGGAGGAAGGAAGUAGAAUCCAGCUCAUGUUCUUAUCGUUUGCCAUAGAAGAAGAAUAUGACUUCCUGUCCUUGUAUGAUGGACACCCGCAUCCUGCGAACUUCAGGACCAGGCUAACAGGCUUCCAGGUUCCUCCCCCUGUCACCAGUACAGGAAACGUCUUCUCUUUGAGGUUGACCAGUGACUUUGCCGUCUCUGCACAUGGCUUCAAACUCAACUAUGAAGAACUCCACAGUACAUCUUGUGGAAACCCCGGUGUCCCACCCAAAGCAGUACUAAGUGGUGGUGGCCGUUUUGCCGUGGGAGAUCGUGUGCGGUACAGUUGUGUUCCUGGUUACGUCUUAGAUGGCCAUGCGACACUCACCUGCAUUACCAAUUCUGGGAACACCGCCGUCUGGGACUUUCCUGCUCCAAUUUGUCGAGCUGAGGACACAUGUGGGGGCACUGUGAGGGGCGGCAGUGGGGUGGUGACCAGUCCCGGUUACCCCGGCAACUAUGGUAACCAGGCCGACUGUACUUGGAUCCUGUUGGCCGAACCUGGAGACACCAUCUCUGUCAUCUUUACAGACUUCCAGACAGAGGAGAAGUAUGACUACCUGGAAGUAGAGGGAUCUGAACCACCAACCAUUUGGUUGUCAGGCAGUAAUGUCCCUUCUCCCAUCGUUAGCAACAAGAACUGGCUCCGACUUCAUUUUGUGACUGAUGGCAACCACCGUUACCGUGGUUUCAGUGCACAUUAUCAAGUGAAGCGAUCAGUAGAUUUUAAAUCGCGGGGCGUUAAAUUAUUCCCUGGCAAAGACUCCAGCAACAAGUUUUCAAUAUUAAAUGAAGGUGGUGUGAGACAGGCGUCUAACUCCUGCCCUGACCCAGGAGAGCCAGAGAAUGGAAAACGCCAUGGCAAUGAUUUCAGCAUUGGCAGUGUGGUGCAGUUCAGUUGCGGAGAAGACUAUGUUCUUCAGGGCAGUAAAACCAUCAGCUGCCAGAGAGUGGCUGAGGUCUUCGCUGCCUGGAGUGACCACAGACCUGUCUGUAAAGUGAAGACAUGUGGCAGCAAUCUUCAGGGGCCGUCAGGAACUUUUACGUCUCCUAACUUCCCAAUUCAAUAUGAGAGCAACGCGCAGUGUGUGUGGAUAAUUACUGCUUCAAAUCCCAAUAAGGUCAUCCAGAUCAACUUUGAAGAGUUUGACCUGGAGAUAGCCUAUGACACUCUGACUAUAGGAGAUGGAGGGGAGGUGGGAGAUCCGACAACUAUACUACAGGUCCUAUCAGGUAGCUUUGUUCCUGACCUGAUAGUCAGUAUGACCCACCAAAUGUGGCUUCACCUUCAGUCAGAUGAAAGUGUUGGAUCAAUAGGAUUCAAGAUCAACUACAAAGAAAUAGAUAAAGAAAGUUGUGGUGACCCCGGAACUCCUCUCUAUGGAAUAAGAGAAGGGGACAGCUUCUCAAACGGAGGAAUCCUGAGGUUUGAGUGCCAGUUUGGCUUUGAGUUGAUUGGAGAGAAAACGAUCUCUUGCCAAGACAACAAUCAGUGGUCAGCGAACAUCCCCAUAUGCAUAUUCCCCUGCAUGUCAAACUUCACAGCUCCCUCAGGAACUGUCCUCUCUCCAGAUUACCCAGAAGGCUAUGGGAACAACAUGAACUGUGUCUGGCUCAUCCAAUCAGAUCCAGGCUCCAGAAUCCACUUGGCAUUUAAUGACUUUGACCUCGAGGCACCCUAUGAUUCCCUAACGGUGAAAGAUGGCGAAACAAAUGAUGCCCUCGUCAUCGGAAGGUUCUCUGGGGCUGAGAGUCCUUCCCAUCUGACAUCUAACACCAACACACUGAGGCUGGAGUUUCAGGCCGAUCACUCCAUGUCAGGACGAGGAUUUAAUAUCACAUACAGCACAUUUGGCCAUAAUGAAUGCCCAGACCCUGGCAUUCCCAUCAACGCUCGCCGCUUUGGAGACAGUUUCCAGCUUGGCAGCUCCAUCUCUGUGGUCUGUGAGGACGGUUUCAUCAAAACCCAGGGAACCGAGACAAUCUCCUGUCAGUUAGAACGAGGAAAAGUCAUGUGGAGUGGGCCCAUUCCUAAAUGUGAAGCCCCAUGUGGAGGCCACUAUUCAGCCCCAAGUGGAGUGAUUUUGUCUCCUGGGUGGCCUGGUUACUACAAAGAUUCCCUCAGCUGUGAGUGGGUGAUUGAAUCAGAGCCUGGACGCUCCAUCAAAAUCACAUUUGACAGGUUCCAGACAGAGUUGGGUUAUGACUUUCUGGAGAUCCAUGAUGGGCCGAACCUCCUGUCUCCUCUGGUUGGCUCCUUUAAUGGUACCCAGGUCCCCCAAUUCCUGUUCAGCAGCAGCAACUUUCUUUAUCUGCUGUUUACCACCGAUAACAGUCGCUCAAAUGCUGGCUUCAAAAUAUUAUAUGAAAGUGUUACUGUGGACAGCUACUCAUGCCUGGACCCUGGUAUCCCUGUCAAUGGUAUUCGCUAUGGGCAGGAUUUCUCCAUCGGGUCCACAGUGUCAUUUGGUUGUGAUUCUGGCUACAGACUGAGUCAUGAGGAACCACUUGUAUGUGAGAAGAACCACUGGUGGAGUCACCCCUUACCUACAUGUGAUGCUCUAUGUGGCGGGGAUGUUAGAGGUCCCUGGGGAACCAUCCUUAGUCCCGGCUAUCCAGACAGCUACCCUUCAUCUCUCAACUGUACCUGGACUGUUGAAGUCAGCCACGGGAAAGGAGUCCAGUUUCAGUUCAAUUCGUUUCAUCUGGAGGACCAACAUGACUACCUCUUGGUUACUGAGAAUGGGAGUUUCCUGCAACCACUGGCUCGCCUGACCGGCAACGAGUUGCCUAGCAACAUCAAUGCUGGUCUCUAUGGCAACUUCAAAGCCCAGCUACGAUUUAUCUCUGACUUUUCCAUUUCAUAUGAGGGCUUCAACAUAACUUUCUCUGAGUAUACGUUGGAGCCAUGUGAGGACCCUGGGAUGCCACGGUUUGGCAGGAGAAACGGCUACAGUUUUGGCAUUGGAGACACUUUGUCUUUUUCCUGCAAUAUGGGAUACCGCCUAGAGGGGGCGCCAGAGUUAAUCUGUCUUGGAGGAGGACGGAGAAUGUGGAGCGCUCCUUUACCAAGAUGUGUUGCGGAGUGUGGUUCUUCAGUUAUAAACAAUGAAGGGAUCCUUCUCUCUCCAAACUAUCCAAUGAACUAUGACAACAACCACGAGUGCAUCUACAGCAUCCAGGUGCAGGCUGGGAAAGGAAUCAACAUCUCUGCUAGAACCUUUCAUCUUGCACAAGGGGAUAUACUCAAGAUUUAUGACGGCAAAGACAACACAGCCCAUGUUCUUGGAGCAUUCACGGGAUCGUCUAUGUUGGGUCUGACGUUGAUCUCCACUUCAAAUCAUCUCUGGCUGGAAUUUUAUAGUGAUUCAGAAAGUACAGGGGAAGGAUUCAAACUGGUCUACUCAAGUUUUGAGUUGUCUCAUUGUGAGGACCCAGGUGUGCCUCAGUUCGGCUUCAAGGUCAACGACCAAGGUCAUUUCUCUGGUAGCAGCAUCACAUACAGAUGCGAGCCUGGAUACACUCUGCACGGAGCUUCCACUCUGAAGUGUAUGACAGGAGAAAGGAGGGCUUGGGAUAACCCUCUGCCUUCAUGUAUCGCGGAGUGUGGUGGCCGUUUUAAGGGUGAGUCUUCAGGGAGGAUCCUUUCCCCUGGAUACCCCUUUCCUUACGAUAACAAUCUGCGCUGCACCUGGACCAUCGAGGUGGACUCAGGAAACAUUGUGAGUCUUCAGUUCUUGUCCUUUGACACGGAGGCCAGCCACGACAUGCUGAAGGUUUGGGACGGACCACCUGAGAACGAAAUGUCUUUGGCAGAGCUCAGUGGAUCUCUGCUACCUGAGGGAAUCCACUCCACCCUGAACACCGUCACUGUUCAGUUUGAGACUGAUUUUUACAUCAGCAAGUCAGGAUUCGCUAUUCAGUUCUCUAGCUCAGUGGCAACAGCCUGCAGGGACCCUGGUGUACCAAUGAAUGGCAGUCGUAGUGGAGAUGGCCGUGAGCCAGGGGAUUCAGUGUCCUUUCAGUGUGACCCAGGAUACGAGCUCCAGGGGGAUGACAAAAUCACCUGUAUACAAGUGGAUAACAGAUACUACUGGCAGCCCAGCCCGCCUGUCUGCAUAGCUCCAUGUGGAGGAAACCUCACUGGCUCUAAUGGAUUUAUACUGUCUCCUAACUACCCACACCCCUACCCUCACUCCAAGGACUGUGAUUGGCUCAUUGCUGUCAACUCUGACUACGUCCUGUCGCUGGCCUUCAUUGGUUUCAAUAUUGAGCCAAACUACGACUUCCUGUACAUUUACGAUGGUCCAGAUAGCAACAGUCCUCUAAUUGGAAGCUUUCAGGACAGCAAACUUCCAGAGCGGAUAGAGAGCAGUUCAAAUACCAUGCAUUUAGCAUUCCGCAGUGAUGGGUCUGUCUCUUACACUGGCUUUCACCUGGAAUACAAAGCCAAGCUGAGAGAAUCAUGCUUCGACCCAGGUGUGGUUCUGAAUGGGACCAGGCUGGGAUCCGAUUAUAAGCUUGGCUCUACUGUCACCUUCUAUUGUGAGGCUGGAUACGUUUUGCAGGGCUAUUCUACACUUACCUGCAGUAUGGGAGAUGAUGGCAGACCUGGAUGGAACAGGGCAUUGCCUAGUUGUCAAGCGCCCUGUGGAAGUCGUUCUACAGGAUCAGAAGGGACUGUUUUAUCUCCAAACUUCCCCAGAAAUUAUACCUCUGGACAGACCUGUGUCUACUCUAUAGCAGUGCCUCGAGAGUUUGUCCUCUUUGGUCAGUUUGUGUUGUUCCAGACAUCUUUAAACGAUGUGGUAGAAAUCUACGAUGGACCCACUCAACAAAACACACUACUGUCUUCUCUCUCUGGGUCACACUCUGGUGAGUCUCUUCCUCUGAGCUCAGGAAACCAGAUUACGAUAAAGUUUACCACAGUCGGACCAGAAACAGCAAAGGGAUUUCACUUUGUCUACCAAGCGGUACCGAGGACCAGCUCCACCCAGUGCAGUUCAGUCCCUGAGCCUCGCUUUGGGAAGCGUCUCGGGAAUGACUUUGCAGUCGGGUCCUUGGUGCAGUUCGAGUGCAACCCUGGUUAUGUCCUCCAUGGCUCCACUGCCAUACGGUGUGACAGUGUACCAGACAACCUGGCACAAUGGAAUGACACCCUGCCAACAUGCAUAGUUCCCUGUGGGGGUGUUUUGACCUUUCGCCGUGGGACCAUCCUGUCACCUGGAUAUCCGGAGCCCUACGACAACAACCAAAACUGUGUCUGGAAGGUCUCUGUUCCAGAAGGGGCUGGAAUACAGAUACAAGUUGUGAGUUUUGCCACUGAGCAUAACUGGGACUCUUUGGAUUUUUACGAUGGUGCCGACAACCACGCUCCAAGACUGGGCAGCUACUCUGGCACCACCAUCCCCCCUCUCCUGAAUAGUACAUCUAACAACCUCUAUCUCAGCUUCAGCUCUGAUAUUAGUGUCUCAGCUGCUGGCUUUCACCUGGAAUAUACAGCAAUUGGUCUGGAGUCGUGUCCAGAGCCACAGACUCCAAGUUAUGGAAUAAGACAAGGGGACAGAUUUAUGGUGGGAGAUGUCGUACAGUUUUCAUGUGAACAAGGAUACUCUCUUCAGGGCAAUGCCCAUAUCACCUGCAUGCCUGGACCGGUGAGAAGAUGGAACUACCCUGUACCACUAUGUCUUGCCCAGUGUGGUGGGUCUAUGACAGAUGUAAGUGGAGUGAUUCUGAGUCCUGGUUACCCCGGUAACUACCCUAGUGGAUUAGACUGCACCUGGACAGUCAACUUACCCGUCGGUUUCGGUAUCCAGCUCCAGUUUCUGAACUUCUCCACUGAAGCGAUCCAUGAUUACCUAGAGAUUCGCAGUGGAACGCUGGAAACAGGCUCGGUCAUUGAUCGGUUCAGCGGUCCAGUCAUCCCCAAGUCUCUGUUCAGCACCACCCACCAGACCAGCUUCUUCUUCCACAGUGACUAUUCACAAAAUAAACCAGGGUUCCACAUCACAUAUCAAGCCUACCAGCUCCAGAGCUGCCCAGACCCUCGGCCAUUUCGAAAUGGCAUUGUGAUUGGCACAGAUUUCAGUGUUGGGAUGACAGUGUCAUUUGAAUGUCUGCCUGGAUAUUCACUGAUUGGAGAGGCUUCCCUCACGUGUUUACACGGAAUCAGCAGGAACUGGAAUCACCCAUUACCACGAUGUGAAGCUCUCUGUGGUGGCAACAUCACAUCGUUAAAUGGAACCAUUUACUCUCCUGGUCACCCCGAGGAAUACCCCAACUUCCAGGACUGUGUGUGGAGUGUUCGAGUUCCUCCUGGACAUGGGAUUUACAUCAAUUUCACUGUGCUGAGUACUGAGCCCAUAUAUGACUACAUCACCGUCUGGGAUGGUCCAGACCAAUCAUCUCCUCAGAUUGGCCAGUUCAGUGGGAACACAGCUCUGGAGUCUGUCUACUCGACCUCCAACAUCAUCCUCAUCAAAUUCCACUCUGACUUCUCUGGAGCCGGCUUCUUUGUCUUAAGCUACCACGCCUACCAAUUAAGGGUUUGCCAGCCUCCUCCAGAAGUGCCCAAUGCUGUCAUGCUGAUGGAGGAUGGCGAGUUGGAGAUAGGUGACAUCAUCAGGUACAGAUGCCAUCCUGGCUUCUCAUUGGUUGGCAGUGAGAUUCUAACAUGUCGCCUUGGAGAAAGACUACAGAUGGAUGCACUGCCGCCGACAUGCCAAGUCCAAUGUCCUGCGCACGAUGUGCGAUACGACUCAUCAGGUGUCAUCCUGAGCCCCGGUUGGCCAGAAAGCUACCCAAACCUCCAAAUGUGUUCCUGGAGUGUUACAGUAGAGAAAGGAUACAACGUCACCAUAACGUUUGAAAGUUUCCAAACUGAGAGAGAGUUUGACGUGUUGGAGAUUUUUGAUGGUCCAACAGCCAACAGUCCUACUCUUGCAACGCUGAGUGGCGACCUGCCAACACCCUUUAACCUCACAACCUCUGGUCACCAGUUCCUGGUCCGCUGGUCUUCAGACCACGGCACGAACAAGAAAGGCUUCAAAAUUCGCUAUGUUGGUGAGUACCAAACGCUGUACUGCUCAACCCCAGACUCUCCUCUCCACGGCUCCAUCUCCUCUCAGAGCGGCGGUCACGUCAACAGCGUGGUGCGCUGGGCUUGUGAUCGUGGUUACCGUCUCAUAGGCAAUGCCACAGCAACCUGCCGCCGCACACCACUCAGCUACCACGCAUGGGACUCUCCUGUGCCUGCGUGUCAAGCUGUCUCAUGCGGUGCACCCAAGGCUCCUAUAAACGGCGGCGUUUUAACAGCUGACUACUCUGUCGGAACAAGAGUUUCCUAUUUUUGUAACGAUGGGUACAGACUGUCCAGUAAAGAAUUGACGUCAGCCAUCUGUCAGCCUGAUGGAACAUGGAGCAACCACAAUAAGAUACCACGAUGUUCUGUGGUGGUAUGUCCCAGCAUCGGGUCGUUUUCUUUAGAGCACGGCCGCUGGAGGAUUGUCAACGGCUCGCACUAUGAAUACAGAACUCGCAUCGUGUUCACCUGCGACCCUGGAUACUACAGAUUAGGACCCGCCCACAUCCAGUGCUUACCCAAUGGCGUGUGGAGCUGGAGAAACGACAGACCGCACUGUCAGGUUAUAUCCUGCGGUGAGCUGCCAUCUCCACCCAAUGGGAAGAAAAUUGGUACUCAGACAACAUUUGGUGCUACAGCCAUCUUUACUUGCGAUGCCGGUUUCAUGCUGGUGGGGUCAGCUGUCAGAGAGUGCCUGUCAUCUGGGCUUUGGAGUGGAACGGAGACGCGAUGUUUAGCCGGUCACUGUGGAAUCCCAGAGGGCAUUGUGAACGGCCAGGUUAUUGGAGAGAACUUUGGAUACCGUGAUACGGUCGUGUAUCAAUGUCUACCUGGCUUUCGACUAAUAGGCUCGUCGGUUCGAAUCUGUCUCCAAGACAACCAGUGGUCUGGACAACUGCCUGUCUGUAUAUCGAUCAGCUGUGGCCAUCCAGGAAGUCCCAUAUAUGGUCGCACAGUGGGAAACGGCUUCAACCUCAACGACGUGGUCAGCUUUGUUUGUAACCGGGGUUAUGAAAUGGAGGGGCCCGCACGGGCUCAGUGUCAGGCCAACCGCCAGUGGAGCCACCCGCCCCCAACGUGUAAAGGUGGGGAGAAAAUGGUCAAUUGCUCCGAUCCAGGUAUCCCAGCCAACUCCAUCCGGCAGAGUAAAAUAGAGCAUGGGAACUUUACAUUUGGCACCGUGGUUUUCUACGACUGUAACCCAGGAUAUUACCUGUUUGGAUCACCUGUACUGACCUGUCAACCUACUGGACAGUGGGACAAACCCCUUCCUGAAUGUAUAGUUGUAGAUUGUGGUCAUCCCGGCUCUCCCCCUAACGGUGUGCUGAGUGGAGAUAAGUUUACAUUUGGUUCAACGGUUCGAUACUCCUGUCUGGGUGGAAGACAGCUGAAAGGAGAAUCAUCCAGGACUUGUCAGCUCAAUGGGAUGUGGAGCGCCCCCAUGCCCUUCUGCUCUGGCGACACAGCUGGCUCCUGUGGCGAUCCUGGCAUUCCCUCCCAUGGUUCGAGGGAACAAACGGAUUUUAGGAUCCGUUCCAAGGUUCACUUCAGCUGCUCGGAGGGCUUUGAUCUGAUUGGUUCUUCAGAGAGGAUGUGCUUCCCUAAUGGGACCUGGUCCGGCACACAGCCCUUCUGUAAACCUGUCCAGUGUGGUAACCCUGGCACUCCCAGUAAUGGCAGAGUAUUUCGUCUGGAUGGAACAACAUUUUCUCAUUCUGUCAUCUACUCCUGCAUGGACGGCUACCUGCUCACCGGCGCCACCACCAGGCUGUGUCAGGCCAAUGGGACCUGGACAGGAGCACAACCCAACUGUACCAUGAUAAACUGCGGGGAUCCAGGUGUGCCAGCUAGUGGCCUUCGCUAUGGAGAAGACUUUACGAUUGGUCAGAAUGUCUCCUUCCAGUGCCAGCCAGGAUAUAGAAUGGAGGAGGAUGGAUCAUCUGUGAGGACGUGCACCCAAAACGGGACAUGGAGUGGGAAUAUGCCUAUGUGUACAGCGGUGACCUGCCCGGCUCCCCCUGCCAUUAGUAAUGGGGUACUGCAGGGCAGUGACUUUGAAUGGGGCAGCAGUGUGAGCUACAGUUGCUCACCAGGAUAUGAGCUUUCAUUCCCGGCUGUCCUGACCUGUGUGGCCAAUGGCACCUGGAGCGGCAUGCUACCACAGUGCUUACCCAAGUUUUGUGGUGACCCAGGUACUCCAGUAGGUGGUUUCCGGGAGGGACGAAGUUUCAUCUACCAAUCGGAAGUGUCCUUCAGCUGCGUACCACCUCUCAUUCUGGUCGGCACAGCGACUAGACUUUGUGAAAGUGAUGGUACCUGGAGCGGCACGCAGCCACGCUGUAUCGAGCCGACCAAAACCAGCUGUGAUAACCCGGGAACACCGCGCUACGGCUCCUUAAACCGGACCUAUGGUUUCAAGGUGGGGAGUGUGGUGUCAUUUCAGUGCCAGCCAGGACAUUUGAUUCAAGGCUCCUCCUCUAGAACCUGCCAGCCUGAUCUGACAUGGAGCGGAGCACAACCUGAGUGCAUACCCCAUGCCUGUAAGCAGCCAGAGAGCCCACUCCAUGUGGACGUGGUGGGUAUGGAUCUGCCUGGUUUUGGCUACACCUUAGUGUACAGCUGUCAACAUGGCUACUUCCUGGCGGGGGGUUCUGAGCACAGAGUCUGCAAGAGUGAUGGCACUUGGACAGGAAAGAUGCCUAUAUGUCGAGCCGGAGAGAAGAAGAAACCUGUGAAGCCAGCAACAGGAACUCCCAGCCCCAAACUGAAUGUUCCAGAUGAUGUCUUUGCUCCAAACUACAUAUGGAAAGGUUCUUAUAAUUACCGCGGGAGGAAGCAGCCUAUGACUCUGAGCAUCACCAGCUUCAACUCCACAACAGGGAGAGUCAACGUGUCCCUUAGCAACGGCAACAUGGACCUGCUCCUAUCAGGAGUAUAUAAGGCUUCUGAGGCCAGGCUGUUAUUGCUGAUGUACCAGGUGAACUAUGUGAACCAGCUCAAAGAUUCAGCCAUCUCUCCAGCCAAAAUCAUAGAUGACUCCUGGACCAUGGAUGGAUUUGUAUCUGCAGAGCCUGAUGGUUCUAGUUAUGUAUUCCAAGGUUUCAUUCAGGGAAAAGACUACGGACAGUUUGGACUGCAAAGACUGGGUCUGAAUAUGUCAGAGAGUCAUAACUCUCCACCCCCUCAGCUUGGUACCAACAGCAGUUCUGUCGCUAUCGCUAUUCUGGUGCCUUUUUUCGCUCUAAUAUUCACUGGCUUUGGCUUUUAUCUCUACAAACAAAGAACCACACCAAAAACACAGUACACAGGCUGCUCAGUCCAUGAAAACAACAAUGGCCAGGCUGCCUUUGAGAAUCCAAUGUACAACACCAAUGCCAAGGCUGUGGAGGGGAAGGCUGUUAGAUUCGAUCCGAAUCUAAAUACUGUCUGCACCAUGGUCUGAGGAUUGAUUAUCCUCACAUGAACUCAAUGACUCAGAUAUCUAAUGGGACCACAACUGGUACGAGGCUGUAGAGGGGAAAGCCGUAUGCUUCGACUCAAACCUCAACAUUGUCAGCAACAUGGUCUUACGCAUUGAUUACAAAAGACCCUCAGUCCCAGUUCAGAAACCUAAUCUCUCCAAGCGGUGGGAAAAGUGUCCAACUGAAACCAAAACCCAGCGUUGUUUCCUUUCAUGCACAGCGUUUUGGAUCCACGAAUGAAAUUUAAACAAAAUGUCUGCUACCUUUGAUGGAUGCAACACAGCCAGUGAAAACUCACAGCGGAAUGUGACAUCGAGUGAAAGUAAAAGGAAGCAACCCAACGGAAAACUAUUAUCUGUCUCUAACCCCAAGACUCAGCUGGUCAUGGAUAGUUUAUAAUUUGAUUCUAAACCAGACACAGCCAUUAUACUUCAACCUCUUAUUUAACCCCGCUCACUGUCUCUAAUACCAGUAGUAAAAAUUAAGCCAUGACCUGCUUGUCCGAUAUCAUGACAUGUCACCAUAACCCAAUGCCGGAUUUUGUAUUUCACACAGAGCUUUGCAGAGAAGGACCCGCUCUGAACUAUGUGACCGUUAGUCCUUGCCUGGAGAGAAAGAGAGAGAAAGGGAGCACAUCAGUGCUCUGGCCAUGGUUAUACAUCAUGGAGAUAAACUGCACUACAAAAAUGGGUUGAUUUCAUUUGGACUGCGUUGUCUCUCUGACUGUACUGAACAAAUCCUCACUGUGAGGAACACAGAAGCAAAAUGGCCACAGAUGGAGGAGAGUGUGGCAUGAAGAUGAUGUCACAGAAGACACUGUGAAGCAAAAAAACCUGAUUCUGAAUAUCUGGGUUGAAAACUGACAGUCAAAGACACUGUCACCAGCAGACCAUCAGUAAAGCAGACUGACUAGUUGUGAAUAGAAGCCUAUUUCUAAAAAAAAAAAACGACCACGGAAUACAAUACACUAGCAACCAGACAGGACAACCUUGUGUCUCCAUGACAACCAGAGGCUGGUGUCACUAGUCUUGUCUUUUUCUAUUAAAAUGGAAUCUAAAACGACUAAUGCUAGCAGACAGUAGCAAAAGUUGCUUUGAAAAGAGACUAAACUCUUAGGCAAAGGAUAAGGGCAGCCCUGGAGACGGAUCUAUAAUCCUAACUGAAUUGGGAUUAGGGCAAAGCAAAACUAAACAGAGUCUGACGGGGAGACAGCACUGAGAGAACAGAUGAGAAGAGACGGACUCUUCGAAUGGAUAAACUGCUCCUUCUCAUCCAAUGGACAAGAGAGGAUGCUGAGGAGACGGAGACAGCCCCUAACUGAACUGGAAGUAGAGUGAGGGAGUCAUCAGGAGAAAAGAUGAGAUCUUAAAAUCCUAACGCAAGCCAAUCAGAGCCUGUCUAACCUGAAAUCAACUACUGAGAGAGGUCGACCUUCCUUCCACAUAAUGAAUCAGAUCAGACAGAAAAUGGCCUUGAGGAAAGAUGUUCCUGAUCCUGUGAAUUUAAAUGGAUUCUGAUGAGAAAGGCACUGAAUGGAUACAGAGGACUCUGAUGGACUUACAAAGAAAAAGACUUUGAGAAACAGAGAAAGCUCUGGCACUAAAGCACAUUUUACAGGAACACUACCUGUCUAUCCACGGAGAGACGGACUAACACAGGGACAGAUGGAAAGGUUAGAGGGAAACUGACAGGAUGAGUGACAGACAGAAAAAAAUGGCAGGUACACACACUAACAAAAAUCUGGAGAAACAGGAAGACAGACAGAGAGCAGACAGGUGGUAUUAAGACCAACAGUUAGACACACAAGCAGACAGACAGGUUCAAGAAAGACAAGCAGGGUCUUAAGACUGUUGCAGACCACCGUCUCCACUCCGUGGACAAAUAGGCUUGAACACAGAUUAACACGCUUACUGAAGGACAGACAGGAGACACAGACAUUUGCUGAUAGACAGGCUAAAAGAAAGACAAACAGGGUUGUAGCCCUACGAUUGUGGACAUGGUUCCACUAUAAUUCUGCACUCUGCGAGUGCUUAUCUUCUUUCUUUGUUAUUGCUGCAGAAUCUUCUGAUCUGUAAAUCUAUUGCAUAUAUAUUCGGGAGCAUUCACCACCUAUAUUUUUGUGCUAUAUAUUUACCACAGGGGAGGGGCUGAAGGGGAAAGAAGGAUUAUAGCAGAGUUUUUCGGAGAAAAAAAAAAAGAAAGAAAUAUCAGAAUAAAAGAUGUUACAACUACGUGCUGUUCACAGAAGUCACAAACAGUAUUUUGGUUCAGUUGUAAUUGGAAUUGGUUCAUUUUUAAUUUCUUGUGCGACGUGAAGUUUCUCUCACCAUCACUGUCUUUCCCACUGAGGCAAUCAUGAGUGUCAGUGAUGUUGUUGUUGUCAUUACUGUUGAGAUGAUGCAAGGUUUGCCAGCAACAAUCAUGAUCUUUAAAUGAAUCAAACAUCCAUCACAGAUGGCAGAGAGAUGGAGUUUGUGCUGUGGCUUCCAUUUGUUUGGCCCUUCAACAGAGCUGUGGGCCACUACAGACACAUACAUGUCCUCUAUAAUGGUCACCGCUGUGACAGACAACAUUUUAAUGAUCUGAUGCCACAGAGAUUUGCACAUCAAAACAAAUGUUGUUUUUCAGAGACAAUUCUGAGCUGUCAACAAACUCAGUGUUGCCACGGCAACCAAGAAAUCCCAGCUCUCAAAGGAACCCACUUGUUUGAUUACACAUGGCCAAACGCUUACAGAGCUCUAACUAUCUCAUGUCUCUCACAAGGACAUGCUAAAAAAGAAGCACGGCACGAGGACGGUUAAAAUGAUAUGAAUAAUAACGAUGGUGAUAAUUGCUGGUGAACUGCCCAACAUGUAGUUUGUGGAUGAUGGGCUGCUGUAUGUACAAGCUGUUUUGACCCAAGUAGAAUAUUUAUGUUGUACAUUGACAUAUCAGUUCAUGUUUGAAUUUUUAUAAAUGGAGGAUUUGAAAGUAAAAAAGUGAGUUUGAUUUUGGAAGAAUGGUUUUUAAAGUCGUAAAACCUCAAAGGCAAGAUCUGUAAAUGAACACGAGUUCACCUCCAGUGUUGGUUGUGAAUUUCCCCCGUGUUAAAAAUGUGUUUGGUCUCACAAAUCAAUACUGAGAUCACAUGAAUUCUGUUUUCGGGUUCUUUUAAAAUGUUAUUUUCCCCUGUGCUGAAACCUACAUCAAUUAUAAAUCAGUGUUCACUAUUUACAAGCUUUGAUUUUAGGUUUAAAAAAAGAGUUUGUACCACCUUUGGCACUUCCUAAGUAUCAUAUGCACACUAGAUUUUAAUAUUUGUGUGUGUGAGCAUUGCAUUUGAAAAGCUAAAAGACCUUGAAUAUUAUGUCUUUCAGAAACACUGACGCAUUAAGAUGAAGUGACCAUUCGGAGAAGAUCUUAAGAUUUCAAGUUGCCGAUUCAAACUAAAAAACUCAAAAACAUAACCAAGGCCAUUGAGAUUCGAUAUUUCCCCUUGCUAUUGCUCAUUUUUAUUUCAUAAAAAUAUAGCCUUAUAAUCUCAGCUCACUGUUCCUUGGCUGGUAGCUACUUUUCAAAUCUCAUCUUCCACCUAUUCUAUUAACUUUUGUACAGCUGGCAACCUUCAUUGUAUUUAGCCCCUGCAAGCCACUGGAGGCUGUUCUUGCACAUGUUGUUGGCCUUUCUGAUGGUUUCAUCUGCCAUCAAUGAACCACUGCUGAGAGAAGAUGUUUGAUAUUUGUGUGAAACCAUGCAUAACAUCCAUAUAUUAGUGUCAUAUUGUAAGGGUUGGGCCUGAAAAUACACCAUAUACCGUAACUAUAUUAAUUGGUUCCCAUGUGAAUACAGGAAUACAUGUAUCAACGAGCAUGAGUCACUGUUUUUCGGCUUUGGUGCCCAUUUAAAAAAAAAAAAAAAAAAAAAAAAAAAAA